AUGGCCAAAACAAAGUCGAAAUCACCGCCGAAAGUGAAAGAUAUACUUCAUUCGACCAACGCUCCGCUUGUCAAGUCUCUGCCCAAGAAGUCCUCACAACGGCCCAUUGAAGAUCUUCUUACCGAAGCCGCUGAGCUGCUGGAACAGUCUCAACCCGAACUCGCCCUUCCCCUCGCCGAAGAAGCCCUCCGCAGACUCGAGUCCGAAAGACAAUCCACCAGCGAGGACAAUGACAUCGACACGCUCCUGCGCCUGGCCGCAGAAGGGAAGCCUACCCUCCCGGCAGCGUUGACACUGGAAGCCGAGAUCCAGCUUGCCAUGGGAAACGUGGAUGCGGCUCGGAGAAGUUUCACGCGGGUAACCCAGAUUGACCCGGAUGGCGCGCUGGUGAGUGCGGAGCCGUGGCUGUGGUUGGCGCAGCUGUGCGAAGGUGGCGGCGGUGAGAGUAUAGCAAACUUUGAAAAAGCGACAGAAGUACUACGCAACGAGAUUGAAGUCUUGGAGGACGACGAGGCAAAAUCGUUGGAUCAGACGACCACGAUCCUGGACGAGAAGAAGGCGAAGCUGGCCAACGCGUUGUGUGCCAUGGCGGAAGUCUACAUGACGGAUCUCAGUUGGGAAGAAGACGCAGAGCAACGAUGCGAAACACUGGUCACCGAAGCCGUGGCCGUGUGUCCGGAACGACUCAGCGCCGGAGUUCUGCAGACGCUCGCCAGUGUCAGGAUAAGCCAGACAAGGGUCGACGAUGCCCGCCAAGCCCUCAAGCGCAGCAUCGACAUUUGGAAGGAUAUCCCGCAAGAGAUUGUUGACAAUGACGAACGGCGCCCUGAUUUUCCCACACGGGUCAGUCUGAGCAGGCUGCUUAUGGAAGUCGAGCAGGAGGCCGAAGCGUUCGAAGUUCUAGAGGGCUUGAUUCGCGAAGACGACCAGAGCGUCGAAUGCUGGUACCUCGGCGGCUGGUGCCAUGUUCUCAUGUCGCAGAAGCCUGACGUCGUCCCCGAGACGCAGGCCAACAAUCAAGAAACCGCAAAAACUUGGCUGGAUAAUUGCCUCAGAUUAUAUCGGGUGCAACAGUACGAGGACGAGAGGUUACGGGACCAUGCGGUUGAGCUUGUCCAGCAGUUGAAUAAGAUCCUAGGUGUGGAGGACCAGAUGGACGAUGACGAGGCCUGGGAAGAUGAUGAGGAGGAGGAAGAUGGCGACGAGGAUCUCGAGGUCGAGGUCGAAACAAAUGGUCAUGAGGAUGGGGAUGUAGAGAUGAACUGA